AUGCCAUUUCAAAUCCGCCCGGCAACUGUGGAAGAUGCAAAGUUCAUCAUCGAGGCUUUUGACUCGGUCAUUCCAGUGCUCAUUGCAGCCGGCAACGACGGCCAAUGGGGAACGGAGCUCUUUUCCGAAAAGGGAGGGUUUCUCGACUCGACGCGCGAUGACCUGACGCAGUCGGAGCACUUUCGCCUGACAAGUCAAGGCGAGCGCAUCCGUAGCUUCGUUGCGGAGGAUGCGUCGCAGACUCCGAUCGCAUUCAUCACUAUCCGAGAAGGACAAUUUUCGCAGCACGUGUCGUCUCUCAGCGCUCUGAGUCCCUACGUGGACGAAGCAGAGAGCUUACCGGGCGGCUUUUCCUAUGUUGAUGUGCUGAUCGCAGACCAGCGCGUACAGAAAUUCCAGCGGAAGGGCGCGGGUGUUGCCCUUAUAGAACACGUGAAGCAGCAUACGAAGGAGAUGGGCGCCCGUAACGUAUAUGUCGAUUGCUGGUCCGGCGGCGACGGAAAGCUGGUGCAGUAUGUCUAUGCUACGAUCUGA